AAGAAAAAAAAACUUUUUUUGUAUCGAAGGAAUCAACAGCCGCCAUCUUGUCGUGGCUCGGAAUUGGGAUUUCGAUCCAACACUGGGUUUCGCGUAGAAAUACCGCAUCCUUACCUGGCUGUGACAACGUCCUUCUGUCGAAAACGAAACCCUAACGUCGCCCCCGGAACAUUUUGUGCGAAAAAACUGGAAUCGGAUCGGUGGUCGUCGGGCAGAAUUGCUCCGUAUAUCUGAUUUCCCCUUCAGAGUGCGGCGAUUCGAGCCCCCUGUCGCCCGUUCGGGAGCAGCAUUGUUUACCGUCGGCAAGCCGAGGACCAGACCGCGGCUUUCGAGGAGGGAUUUCCCCCCCAAAAAUUGCAUUUUUUUGUGCAAAUGUGCAUUUUUGCGACGCUUCGCGCGAUUUUUGCAUGAAGAAAUUUGACGUCACGCAAAAUGGGCACUUUAAACAUUUAGAAAUUGCGACUUUUCGCCCGGUAUGCCGCAGUCUACCUAAUUUAUCUGGAUUAGCAGAUUGGAGUUCGACUUUUUACAUGGGGACUCUUUUAUUUCGGGUUAUUUAAUGGUAAUAAUGUGGGUGUUGGGUGUUGGAUUAUCAUGGGGUGAAUGGCGGUGGCGGAGCGGGGCGCUAUUGCAUCUCUUUUGAAAAGACGUUGACUCUUAACAGCGAGGAGUAAGCUAACAGUUACCAGGGCUGGUAGCAGGCAAUUAGCCCGGUUAGCUAACUAAGCUGCCAACUUGCUAAUGUGCUAACUGGGGAGGCUUCAGCUGCUUUAAAAAAAAUAAUUAAAAACUUCCCUGUCAUAAUAACGAAGCCCAGGCGGACUCUGAAGACAACUAUGGCUGAAAACCUGCUAGAUGUUGGACCUCCCAGUUCAAAGCGACCGAAACUGAAUUCACCUGCCCUAUCAGCGUCUGAUGGACAAGAUCUGGGGUCUUUGCCCUGGGACGAUUUGGAGAAUGACCUUCCAGAUGAGCUGAUCCCUAACGGAGGAGAGUUGAACCAGCUAAGCGGCUUGCCUUCGAAUGGCGGAGCAACACCCGGAGGGGGCGGACCCGGCGGUGCGGCAGGAGGUCUCGGUGGGGGCGCCUCCGUCGUUCCGGACGCAGCCGCCAAGCACAAGCAGCUCUCGGAGCUUCUCCGAGCCGGCAGCACCUCCAGCAUCACCGGCGCCGGGCUCAACUCAGCAAGCCCUCAGCCCGGCGGCAUGGGCCCGCAGCUCGGCACGCCCCUGGGCAAAAGCCCGCUGGGCCAGGGUUCUCCUAACAGCCACUCGUCCCCUCAGGGCCAAAAACCAGGAACGCCAACCGGAGUGGUCGGACAGAACAGCAACAAUAACGCUGCGGCGCUGGGUUUGAGCUCAACAGGAUUCAGCCAAGCUAUGAUGAAUAACAGCCCGGGCCACGCGGGACUACUAGGCCAGGGAGGGCAGCCUCAGGCCGGCCAGGUGAUGAACGGCGGCCUCGUGCCCAGCGCCGGCAGGGGGCGGGGCGCCGGCGUGGCAGGUAUGCAGUACCAAGGCGCGACGAUAGCGGGAAGCGCGCCCGGACCGGGAGCAUCUGGGAGCGCGUUGGUGGAGACUCUCACCCAGGGGGGACAGCAGAUGGGAGCGCACGCCGCCCUCGGUGCGGCCCAGCAGGCCGGCAACAUGAGCAAGCAGCUCCAGCAAGCGCCCCAGCAGCAGGCAGCGAUGCUCCCCCUGGCCAACAGCGGCGGCGUGCCGGUGCCUUCGGCGGGGCCAACAGCCGAUCCCGAGAAGCGCAAGCUGAUCCAGCAGCAGCUGGUCCUGCUGCUCCACGCGCACAAGUGCCAGAGAAGAGAGCAGGCCAACGGGGAGGUGAGAGCCUGCGCCCUGCCCCACUGCCGCACCAUGAAGAACGUCCUCAACCACAUGACCCACUGCCAGGCCGGCAAGUCCUGCCAAGUGGCUCACUGUGCGUCGUCCAGACAGAUCAUCUCCCACUGGAAAAACUGCACACGGCACGACUGUCCGGUCUGCCUCCCGUUGAAGAAUGCCAGCGACAAGCGAACCCAGCAGCCUCUGCUGAGUUCCCCAAAUGCAGGCCUCCAGAACCCCAUGUCCUCUGUUGGCAUGGGCCAGCCCAGUGCACCCACUAUCAAUACCUCAGCCCCCAUAGACCCCAGCUCCAUGCAGAGAGCCUACGCAGCACUCGGUCUGCCCUACAGCAGCCAGGCCGCUGGACAAGCUACAGCCCAGCAGGCCGCAGGAACGACGACCGGAGCCCAGAACUCCCAGGCCCAGCAACAACAGCUUCCUCAGCAGAUGAGACCCAUCGGCGCCAUUGGGAACCAGUUGCCUCUUGGCGGCGGGACGAUGGGCGUGACGACGUCAGAACAGGCAAACCUGCACACAGACUCCCUUUCCAACACGCUCAACACUAACAAUCAGCUGCUGUCAGACGGCUCUGCUGUGGGCCAGAUGGGAAGCCUGCCCACAGCAGCCCCCGUCUCCUCCACCGGCGCCCGGAAGGCCUGGCAUGAGCACGUCACUCAGGACCUGCGCAAUCACCUCGUACACAAACUAGUACAAGCCAUAUUCCCUACCCCUGACCCGGCUGCUUUGAAGGACAGGCGGAUGGAAAAUCUGGUGGCCUAUGCCAGAAAAGUUGAGGGGGACAUGUAUGAGUCGGCCAACAGCCGGGAUGAGUAUUAUCACUUCUUAGCUGAGAAAAUUUACAAAAUCCAGAAAGAACUGGAAGAGAAGAGGCGUUCAAGGCUCCAGAAGCAGAUCAUCAGCCAGACACCUAUGGCUGCCCAGGGGGCGCAGCAGCCUGGCCUCCCCCAGGCCAACGCCUUGGGCCCGAGGCCACAGAACGGACCCGUUUCCCUCCCGAACAUGCCAAAUCAGAUCAUGAAUCGCAUUCAGGUUCCCCAAGGUAUGCCCCAGUUCAACCACAUGACCCUGCCCCACCCCCAGUCGUCGAUGGGACCCCGAGCAGCUUCUCCUAUGACCCAGCCGCAGCAAAUGAACAUAAGCUCCGUCCCUGCGAUGGGGAUGUCUCCCUCCAGGAUGCCCCAGGCUCAGGGCAUGAUGCCGGGCCACAGCAACAUGGUGGGCCAGACGCCCAGCCAGGGCCAGUUCCUGCCCCAGACCCAGUUCACGCCCGGAUCCGGCGCCGUGUCCGUGUCCAGCGCCAUGAAUGUUACGGUGGGUCCCGGCAUGGGCCAGCCGCAGGCUCAGGCGCCUGUCACCCAGCAGCAGCAGCAAGCCAACGCUAAUCUCCCCAUGAACGCACUGGGGCCCCCGCUGGGCCCUCAGCUAGCCUCCUCCCAAACCCCCUUGCACUCCACGCCUCCGCCCACUGCUUCCUCGGCCUCCGCGGCUGGGGCGGCCACUAACCUGCCGCACCCCCAGUCCUCCUCCAGCCGCAGCUCCACCCCCACCCUCCCCGGCCCGGCCCCGGCCCAGGGGGCCACCCCGCCCUGCCCCUCUCAGCCCCAACCCCAGCCGGAGCUCCCAGCGGCGGCGCAGACGCAGCCCCUGCCUCAGCCCCCUACCACGCCGCUCUCGCAGCCAGGGGCCAGUCUGGAUAACCGAGUGCCCACGCCUGCCUCGGCCGCCAGCGCCGACCUGCCGGCCCAGGAGGUCAAAGCGGAGACGCAGACCGACCAGCAGGAGUUUGAAGCCGCCGGUGGGAAGAUUGAACCCAAGACUGAGGCUGAGAACGACUCUGCCUCAGCUGUGGUGAAGAAAGAGGAGUCGGAAGAAAAGCCGGAGCCAAUGGAGGUGGAGGAGAAAAAGCCGGAAAUGAAGACGGAACCCAAAGAAGAGGAGGAGAAUGGCACUAAUGGCACCAGCUCCUCGUCUCCUCCCCAGUCACGGCGGAAAAUAUUCAAGCCUGAGGAGUUGCGGCAGGCGUUGAUGCCGACUCUGGAGUCUCUGUACCGGCAGGACCCGGAAUCGUUGCCGUUCAGACAGCCGGUGGACCCCAUGCUCCUCGGUAUCCCGGACUACUUCGAUAUCGUUAAGAACCCCAUAGACCUGUCCACCAUAAAGCGUAAGCUGGACACGGGCCAGUACCAGGAGCCCUGGCAGUACGUGGAUGACGUGUGGCUGAUGUUCAACAACGCCUGGCUUUACAACCGCAAGACGUCCCGCGUCUACAAGUACUGCUCCAAGCUGGCCGAGGUCUUCGAGUCCGAGAUCGACCCCGUCAUGCAGAGUCUGGGCUACUGCUGCGGGAGGAAGUACGAGUUCUCCCCUCAAACUCUCUGUUGCUAUGGCAAGCAGCUCUGCACCAUACCUACUGGAGGAACUUACUACAGCUACCAAAACAGGUAUCAUUUCUGUGAAAAAUGCUUCAAUGAGAUCCAGGGAGACAGCGUGACGUUAGGAGACGAUCCGGCACAGCCGCAGACAAUGAUAUCAAAAGACCAGUUUGAGCGCAAGAAGAAUGACGUUCUCGACCCCGAACCGUUUGUUGAAUGUAAAGACUGUGGACGCAAAAUGCACCAGAUCUGUGUUUUACACUACGAGGUCAUUUGGCCGUCAGGAUUCAUCUGUGACAACUGUUUGAAGAAGAGUGGGAAAUCACGGAAGGAGAACAAGUUCACCGCUAAAAGGCUGCAGUCGACGCGACUGGGAAUGUACAUAGAGGACCGUGUGAAUAAAUACUUGAAGAGGCAGAACCACCCAGAGGCCGGGGAAGUGUUUGUGCGAGUGGUGGCGAGCUCCGACAAAACAGUCGAAGUUAAACCCGGCAUGAAAGCCAGGUUUGUGGACACGGGUGAGAUGCCCGAUACGUUUCCCUACAGAACCAAAGCACUUUUUGCGUUUGAGGAGAUUGAUGGUGUUGAUGUUUGCUUCUUUGGCAUGCACGUGCAGGAGUACGGCUCCGAAUGCCCAUUUCCUAACACUAGACGGGUCUACAUAUCGUACCUUGACAGUAUUCACUUCUUCAGACCCAGAAUUCUACGAACAGCGGUGUACCAUGAGAUUCUUAUAGGCUAUCUUGAGUAUGUAAAAAAACUCGGUUACACCCAGGGCCACAUCUGGGCUUGUCCGCCCAGCGAAGGAGAUGACUACAUCUUCCACUGCCAUCCUCCUGAACAGAAGAUCCCCAAGCCUAAGAGACUGCAGGAGUGGUACAGGAAGAUGCUGGACAAGGCCUUCGCUGAGAGGAUCUUGCACGACUACAAGGACAUCUUCAAACAGGCGACCGAGGACCGACUGACCAGCGCCAAUGAGCUGCCGUACUUUGAAGGCGACUUCUGGCCCAACGUGUUGGAGGAGAGCAUCAAGGAGCUGGAGCAGGAGGAGGAGGAGAGGAAGAAGGAGGAGAACACCGCUGCCACCGAAACUCCAGAGGGUACACCAAGUGACAGCAAAAACGCCAAGAAGAAGAACAACAAGAAGACGAAUAAGAACAAGAGCAGCGUGAGCCGAGCCAACAAGAAGAAGCCCGGGAUGCCCAACGUGGCGAAUGAUCUGUCGCAGAAGCUGUACGCCACCAUGGAGAAGCACAAAGAGGUGUUCUUUGUGAUCCAUCUGCACGCGGGCCCCAUGGCCAACACCCUGCCUCCCAUCGUCGACCCGGACCCCCUGAUCUCCUGCGACCUGAUGGACGGCCGCGACGCCUUCCUGACGCUGGCGAGGGACAAACACUGGGAGUUCAGCUCCCUGCGGAGGUGCAUGUGGAGCACCAUGUGCAUGCUGGUGGAGCUGCACAACCAGGGACAGGAUCGCUUCGUCUACACGUGCAACGAGUGCAAGCACCACGUGGAGACGCGCUGGCACUGCACUGUUUGUGAGGACUUUGAUCUGUGCAUCAGUUGCUAUAACACGAAGGGCCACGAGCACCAGAUGGUGAAGUGGGGUCUCGGUCUGGACGAUGACAACAACAGCCAAAGCGGCGAAGCCUCCAAGAGCCCGCAGGAAAGCAGGCGCCUCAGCAUCCAACGCUGCAUCCAGUCUUUGGUGCACGCCUGUCAGUGCCGCAACGCCAACUGCUCUCUACCGUCCUGCCAGAAGAUGAAGAGGGUGGUGCAGCACACCAAGGGCUGCAAGCGCAAAACCAACGGCGGCUGCCCCGUGUGCAAGCAGCUCAUCGCUCUGUGCUGCUACCACGCGAAGCACUGUCAGGAGAACAAGUGUCCCGUCCCGUUCUGCCUGAACAUCAAGCACAAGCUGCGCCAGCAGCAGCUGCAGCACAGGCUCCAGCAGGCCCAGCUGAUGAGGAGGAGGAUGGCCACCAUGCAGGGCAGGACCAUGCCCCUACCGUCCCCGCCGGCCUCCGCCGCUCCCAGCACUCCCACCUCCCACCCCCAGCCCAACACUCCUCAGACGCCCCAGCAGCCGCUGCCCAACCAGCCGCAGACCCCCGGCUCCGCCGCCGUCAUGUCCCCCGCCUUCCCGAGCGCCGCCCGUCCCGGACCGCCUCAGGCCAACGUCUCCCAGGGCAAGCCGGGGCCCCAGGCGUCCCCCCUGCAUCAGCAGCAGUCCCCCCUCCCCCAGCCACCCCAGCAGCGACAGCAGCAGGCUCCUCUCGCCGCGAUCAAGAUGGCACACCACAUAGAGAUGAUGGCGCAGGCCCAGCAGAACCAGCAGAACUACAGGGUCAACAUGAACGGCUUGCCCAUGAACCCCCAGCAGCCGCAGCAGCGCAUGGCCGGCCCUAUGCCUCAGACCAUGCAGAUGGUGCAAGGACCCCGUGGGCCUCAGGUCAUGCAGCCGGCCCCGGGGCAGUGGCCUGCAGCGGCGGGUCCCAUGCCGGCGGCGCCGAAUCAACAGCCGGGCGUCGUUCCAAACCAGACCCCGCAGCAGACCAUGACCAUUCAGCGGACCAUGAUGGCGCCCGGGCAACAAGGUCAGCAGGGUCAGAGGAUGCUGAUACCACAGCAAGCGGGUCCUCGGCCUCAGACUCCCCAGAGAACAGGUACUAUACCCCCCAACGCUCUUCAAGACCUCCUCCGCACCCUGAAGUCUCCCAGCUCACCUCAGCAACAGCAGCAAGUCCUCAACAUCCUGAAGUCGAACCCUCAGCUAAUGGCAGCUUUCAUCAAACAGCGAACAGCCAAGUACCACGCCAGCCAGCCGCAGCAGCAGCCGCAGCAGGCCGGCCAGCCGCAGCAGCAGCAGCCCAGCAUGCCGACCAUGCAGACCAUGGCCAUGCCGGGCGGGCCGGUGCAGAGGGCCGCCAUGCCGCCUCAGCAGCCCCAGCAGCCGCCUGUGCAGGGCAUGGCUCAGCUGAGUCCAGGGCAGCUGAUGAAUGCAGCACACAGCGCCAACCCGCAGAUCCAGGAGCUCUACCGCCGCCAGCUGUUGCGACAACAGCAGCAGCAGCAACAACAGCAGCAGCAGCAACAACAACAACAGCCGCAGCAACAGCAGCAGCAAGCAGUGAUGCCCCAGGCCCACCUCGGUCAGUUUCCUGCUCAACCGCAGGGCACGCCCGCCAUGUACUCCCACCUCCGCAUGCAGCAGCAGCAGCAGCAGAUCACCAUGCAGGCGGGCGGCGGAGCAGCCGGUGUCCCCAUGGGUCAGCUGCCACCGAUGGCUCAGAUGGCCCAGUCCGGCAUGGGCUUGGACUCCGCCCAGAACUUACUGCACCAACGGCUGCUUCCCCAGCAGCAGGCCGUCCUCAAGCAGCAGAUGGGCUCCCCGGCCCACCCGAGCCCCAUGAGCCCCCAGACCCACCUAUUGACUGGCCAGGCGCAGGGCGCGGCGCACCACCCGAACCAGUCGGGAUUGGCCAACGCCCUCGGCAACCAGGUCCGCUCCCCCGCGCCCGUCCAGUCGCCCUGCCCGCCCCCGCAGCCCCCACAUUCCAGCCCGUCGCCGCAGGUGCAGACCCAACCGCAGCCCUCGCCCCAGCACCCGUCCCUGCCCCUGUCGGGCUCCCCCCACCCGGUGCUGGGCGGCCCGCUGCAGGCGCUGGACCAGGGACACUUGGGAACGCCGGAGCAAAGCGCCAUGCUACCGCAGCUUAACACGCCCAACAGAGGAGCGCUGAGCAACGACUUGGGGUUGGUGGGAGACGCGACGGGGGACACGCUGGAGAAGUUUGUGGAGGGAUUGUAGCAUUUUUUUUUUUUUUUUUAAACUGGGAGCAAACAAACUCUCACAGUUUCUCCCCAGUUUUCCUCCCAGACUCUUGACCUCAUUGGAGGGCUUCGUUUGUUCUUUCUAAGAUUGAGAACGUUCUUUUUUUUGUUUUUUGUUUUGUACUGACAUGUAAAAAGUUUCAAUUGUGGGUGGGGCGGGGCGGGGUGGGGGGGAGGGGCAGAAGCAAAAAAAAAAAAAAAAAAAAAACACAGUCAAGAAAAAACUCUUCUCGGGAAUGUAAUAGUUUCCUAAACCCCAGACGUCGGGGUUUUUUUCUUCCUUAAGAUGUUGAGGGAUUUGCAAGUUUCUUCUUAAAGUGAAAUUAAAUCACAAAGAAUAUAUUUUUGGUUGAGACCAAAUGUGUUCAGUACUCAGUUUAUUUUCGUUUGUGGUAUAGUUUCAUGCCUUUUCAUUUUUUUUUCUCUUUUUUUUUUUUUUUUAAGAAAAUGUACAAUUGCAUUAUAUCAUUCAUAUCUUUAUUUUGUACUUUUUUUUUUUUUUUUGGAAAGAAAUGUAAUGCGUUUUUGUGUUUAAAAACUGUAAAAUAUUUUUGUCUGGCAUCCGGGGCGGGUGUGUGUGUGUGUGUGUGUGUGUGUGUUUUGAGAGCGAGCCGUCGCCCCUGGCAGUUGUAAUCUAGUAUUGUACCAUUACUGCGAGACGAUGCGUUCAGGGACGGCAGCCGCUCCCAUCGUUUCGUUUUCUCCUUCCGUUGCGUGCGCGUUCUAUGAAGAGCACUCGGUCGUAUUAAGGUUAGGAGCCGGGCCUGCAGCGGGGCCGCAUGAAGACACUGACACAGACCCACACAGUCACUAAUAGGAAGGGUUUUCACCGAGGACUGCAAAUCUCAAUUUGGAAAAAAACAAACAAAAAAAACAUUAAUUUCUUCUGCUGGUGUAGAAAGUUGUUGGUUUUGACUUAAAAAGAAUUUGUCAUACCUUCUAUUUUUAUUUUUUUUUCUUUGUCACACCAAAUGUAAAGUGUAAAGAGAGCGUGAGAAAGAGACCAGCCCCCUAAGCUGAGGUGGAAUGAGAAACGGGUUGUUUGUAGAAAACGAUCUCAGAUGAUUCCCGAGAGCCCGACGUUUUUUUACACUAAAGUUGUGUGCUUUCAAGGGGAGAAGGGCAACAUUUGAGAUCCGCCGCAAAGGAAAACUAAUUGUCACCAACCUUUUUGUUCCUCUCACAAACACUUGAAUUCGGGGGGGGAUUUGCUUUUUCUCCUAUUGUAAAUCAAGCUAUUAAGCAGAAUACUAUAAAUAUAAGGAAGAGAGAAUGAGAUCACUGUAUAAACUAGUAAAAGAUUCAUUUCUUACUUAUAUACCAUAUUGUUAAAUAAACUGUGUGCAACAGAAGAACGUCAGUACUCUGUUGACUGAAUGAGGCAAUACUUU